UUUUAUGAAUUGCUGCGCUACAUACGCGUGGUUUGUGUUUUAAUUGAUAGUAAUACGAGAUUAUAAAGUGUUUAUGUGUAGAAAAUUGAAAUAUACAUUUAAUAAUGUGAAAUUUUGAAUAUCGUAUAAGUGUGCUACAUAGCAUCACAAGCAAAAUGUGGAUAGACAAAGUUAAUAUUUAAAAGUUGAAUUACGUAUUUUGUGUCGGAUUUUAUAAACAAAGAUGGAUUUAAAUGUUUAACAAAGAUGGUAGCUGUGACGCAGUUAGUCAUACUGGCAACAUGUUUGGUCACGUCGACAAUGGAACAGAAGAGUAUGCGACCUCGUUUGGAUCUCACUCCCAAUAGAGUUGGUGGCACAACGCCAUGUAAAACGAAAAAUAACCAGACCGGUAUCUGUGUACAUGAGUCGGCUUGUAAUGAAGAUCAUACAAUUCUGCCUGGCGGUGUUUUAGAUGACAUUGAUUUUAGAGAUAAAAAACCAUGCCCAACACAAGGCGACUGGUGCUGCACUGUAACAGACGUAAUCCCUCAUCCUCAGAUCGGUGCUACUCAGAGUGAAAAAUGUCUUGCACUUACCGAUGAUGUGUGUCCGUGGUGUGUUUUACUCUACAGUGUUGUAGAUGUCAAGCCGACAGCGAUUCGUCCCUUCUGUGUGGGCGCUUUGAUAGGUUCAAGAGUCAUACUCACCACGUCCACCUGCCUGAAGGCGGCGCAGAAGAAAAUGCUCUACGCUCAGAUACCGUUCUCGGCUACACCUGAGAAGAACUAUACAAUAGUACGACGGCAAUUUCAUCCUGAUUAUAAUACAGGUACACACGCAUACGAUUUUGGGAUAGUGGUUAUGGAAAGCGACGUAACCUUCGAUAAGGGGAAAGCCCGAGGAGCCUGUAUUGAUUUUCAGGGACCAUUUGAAGGCGACUGUGUGGGAUACGGAUUCGAUUAUUAUGGCACAAUUAUAUCGACAUUCAUGACAGUGAAGAAAAAUAGUUGUGCGAAUAAUGGUAACGUAGCGGAUGCUGCGUGCGGCGUAAGCACUGAUGGAGUCUGUAUCGUGGCUAGCGGCGGACCUGUGUUGUGCCAAAAAAAUAAUAAAGGCGGCCUUUACCUGAUGGGACUAUCGCGCAGUAUGUGCGACAGGAAUGACCAAGUGACGCUUGGCGGUGUCUCACUCUCACAGAAAUGGAUAGAAGACGAGCUCGCGUUAAUGAAUAUCUCUAAGGACGUCUUUACAUAGGAUGUGUAAAUAAAUUGCGAAUUCAGCAGCACUAACCAAGUUA